AUGGUCAGCCACAUUGCGGAGGCCAAAUGGCGCUCAGCAUCGCCGCUCUCCUGCCAAGUAUCUGAUGCAUCUGCCGCCAGUUUGCCGGUCCCGGCCGCCUCAACUUCCAGCGUACCAACUAGCCGUAUCAACUACGCACCCUUUCGCCAUUCCACGUCUGAUCCCAAUUCAUCGCUCGCUGCUGGCCGCGUUUUCGCCUCAGCAGAGGCUACACCAUCAAGUCGAUCGGUUGCCGGCGGCUCGAAGAGUCAUGGUUCCGGCCUUGGCCGACUGGGAAAUGCGUUAUGCUACAGUGUCUCGUGUUUGGCCUCCUCCUCGGCUGAACAAGGCCUGCCACAGAUUCCUGGCGAGAGGGGCAUUCAGCUGAAGAGUGUUCAGGCGCGAAAGAAGCUACAGCAACAGAAGAAACUGCAACUAUGUAAAGGCACUGAACUGGCGAAGAAUGAAGGAAGUAUGGUGCCAGAAAGUCCGAGCAAGGAACUUAUCAAACCGGCUCAACUGGCUGCUGCAUACUCGGAUUCUUUAAGGCAGAUUGCCGUACGCAUGACUGCCGUCUCAGUGGGCACGGCGGCUCAAGGUGACAGUGUUGGUGGAACAAGGCCAAGCCCCACCAGCUCGUCACUGUCCUCUUCCACACCGGCAGCAACUGCAUCAACCACAACCACAACCACAACCACCACCACAACAACAACAACAACAGAAACGCCAACAACACAAUCGCUAGCCAAAGUGGCUUCACAUGACCCAGGUGCAUGCAUGCUGACAGCAUGCCAGCCCAAUCUAGACAGUGAUCCUGCCGGCGAGCAAUGCUACCGCCUUGAACCUUCGGAACACGAGGAGCCUGGAGCUCAAGACCGCCUCCAUGCGGAACCGACCAACCGAGCCAUCUGGCCGGUUGGCUACCAUAGCAACUAUUACUCGGGCUAUUGGCCUUUGUUUGGAAGCCACAGUUCUCCACGACCCCUAGGCUCGUCGGCCGCCUCUAGUCCGAUGGACGAGUGCCCGCAUUACACGUCGGCGCUGAGAAACUCACCCUCCUACCUCCCGAUUCCCCACUUCAACGGACUCAUGGUCGACUCCACUCCGCUGAAAUUCCCACUCACUAUUCAUAGCCCUGCUCCUCCUGCUCCUGCUCCUGCUCCUCCUUCGACAUCUCCAGUUCAUCAGCCCAAUCACUUCUAUCCACGACUUGCAUAUCGUCCCUUCUCUGGCGGAUUUCUAAGCCCAGGCGCCCUGUCUCCUUGUAGCCCGAAUACGGUGGUAGCCGGGCCUGGCACCCCGGUAACUGGUUGCAAUGGCAACACCAGCGGCUGCGGUGGUGCUGCGGGCGCUUCCGGCAUGGGGCUGCGCGAAUCAUACGUUUACAAGCAAUUUCGCAUAUACAGUCACGAUUCUGACUGCUGGUCGUUGCUGGCACUCGGCUGCCCUCACCCACGAGCUAAGGUUGUGGAACUCAAGUUUGUAGAUCGGAUGCGUCGACAAUUCGAAUUCACCGUGGACAGCUUUCAGAUCUUGCUGGACAGCCUGCUCAACUUCUAUGAGACGUGUGGAACGCGGUUGCGUACAGACGGCAAAGAAAGUGAUGCAGGCGGUGAGCAUGCUGUCUUGCGGCCGAACUUUUAUCCGACCGUCGUGGCUGAGUCUGUGUCAGGCUCGUUUCGUGAGGCCAUGCAUCAUCUGAAAAAUCGACUGAUCGCCACUCGAAAACCGGAAAUGAUCCGUGGCGGUGGUCUCCUCAAGUACUGCAAACUGCUGGUAGAUGGCUACCGACCGGCGGAAGGUGUGGAUGUCGCCUCCCUCGAGCGAUACAUGUGCUCACGUUUCUUCAUCGACUUUCACGACCUGGCCAGUCAACGCAUCAAGAUUGAGGCCUACAUCGCAAACCACUUCCGAGAGAGCAAUGAAGAAUUGCAGAUGGAGUAUCUGAACACCAUCUACCGAGUGGUUAGCGGAUCUACCAUCUGUCUGAUGACGCAUGAGCACCUCCAGACGCUUGGCUUGAUCUGCGGACUGUUGCGAAGGUUAGCCUGCCGGAUGAAGGCACGCCAAAAUGCCGUCAACCUGGAUGCAUUCACCGAACGCCACCAGCUGGCCGUCGACCAGGUCUUUUAUGGCACCGCCUAUUUCCCUUGCAUCAUCCUCGUCCAGCCCACACUUUGGCAGGCCUCAAACCCCCCUACGCCCGAUGCCGGCCCUUCCAGACAUGACGCGGAGGAGAAUCCUUAUGAAGCUGGGUCUCCCGGGGACAGCUCAACUAAACUGGAUGGUAGCGGACCGCCAGAAGACUUGAAAGAAAUGGAGCAUGACGAACCUCAAAUGGAAUGUUCCACUUCGCAAAUCGUGGCGCGGGAAGCUGGGCCCUAA